GCAACCACCAUCUAUAAAUGCAGAUUCGCUUUGCCUCCGUUAUCAACAAUUUAAGGCUGAGAAAUUGGUGAAGAGCCAUAUAUUAGAGAUUUCAGGCCAAAACACAAUUCUUUGAGGCACAGGAAUGGAAGGGGCAACCAUGAUGAAGGAAGAGCGCAAGAUUGUGGUGGCAGUAGACGAGAGCAAGGAGAGCAUGUAUGCGUUAUCAUGGUGUCUCAGCAACCUCGUUUCUCAUAGCAACAAGAACACCCUGGUGCUUCUCUAUGUCAAACCACCUCCUGUCUACUCCUCCUUUGAUGCUGCAGGGUACAUGUUUUCCAGUGAUGUUGUUGAAGCCUUGAAAAAAUAUGGCACUGACAUGGUGAAUUCAGUGAUGGAAAGAACAGAUGCUAUCAUCAGGAACUAUGGCACCAACAUAAACGUGGAGAGAAUAACCGGAAGUGGAGAUGCCAAGGAUGUGAUAUGUAGUACUGUGGGGAAACUUGAAGCUGACGCCUUAGUAAUGGGAAGCCAUGGAUAUGGUUUCUUUAAGAGGGCUCUUCUUGGGAGUGUGAGUGACUACUGUGCCAAGAAUGUCAAGUGUCCUGUGGUGAUUGUUAAGCAUCCAGAGGACAAAUGAGUUCAUUUCUCCUUUUUUUCUCAAAUUAUGAGUGAAAAUUCACCACUAAGCUUGGUGAUUAAUGUAAAUGGUGGUGGGAGGGUGGG